UCCCACUCAGUCUAUUGGAGCACCUCGCUGAUUACGGUGGUGGAUCGAACGCACCUUCAGAAAAAAAAAACGCGCCGCGUAGUAUCGAUCGACAGUGCAGUCUCACAACCGACCUCGUGGUGGUUGGACCGGUUUUUAUUUUCGCGUUCCCAGUGUUUGGCGGUGUUUUUGAUUGCAAGGCACACAGUCGAGGCAGGAUCGUGCAUCGAGGAUUACUAAAGCUGUAACGACAGAAUCCAGUCGAGGCUGUAUUGAUAAACGGUUAGUGACGAAGCGCAUUGAUCUGGAAAGCAGUGGAAGAUUUCAGAAAAUGAAGAAUUCCCUUUUCGCUGUGCUACUGCUGGUGGCACUGUCUGCCCCCACUAUCUAUGGUCAGUGUUUAGCCGAGGAUGACAACAUUCAGCACACCAAGGCGGACAAUCCGCUGUCCCGCAAUCGACUCUACAAAGGGGAAUCCAUCUUCACCCUGAAAAUGCUGGAAGCCAUCAACACUGCAACCCCCACGGAAAACGUAUUUUUCAGCCCGUACAGUCUCUACCACGUACUGCUGUUGGCCUUCUUCGGGGCACGAUCCGACACGGAAAAACAGCUCCGCAAUGGCCUUGAACUGCACUGGACCGAGGAUAAGCCCGUGAUCUGGCAGGCGUACAACAUUGGAAAGAAAUCGCUGGCGUCUCGGUUCAACCAGAAUACCGAUAUUCAGUUCUCUUCCGUCGACAAACUCUUCUUCGGCAAGCAAAUUCCCAUCCGAGAAUGUAUCGAGGACAAAUUCUUUGAGGAAAUCGAAAAGCUAGAUUACAAACAAGAUCCCGAUGGUCAACGGCAGUACAUCAACAACUGGGUUGAGAACAUUACUCAAGGUAUGAUCAAGGACCUGUUGAAACCAGGAUCGAUCACUAAACAAACAAAACUGGCCAUUGCUAAUGCUGCAUACUUCAAGGGUACUUGGCAAACAGAAUUUAAGCCAGAGCAAACUAAAAAGGAAAUCUUCUACGUCUCUAAUGAUCGUCAGGAAUUCGUCGAUAUGAUGCAUGUUCAAGCUACCUUUAGUCAUGCUGCCAACGAAAAACUCGGCUGUCACAUCCUUGAGAUGCCUUACAAGGGUCAAGAUGAAUCAAAUCGAAUCUCUAUGUUCGUCUUUCUGCCUCCGACUGUUCCUAACUCUCUGGACAAGCUCCUAGCGCAACUAACCUCCGACACCGGUAUCCUUAGUGAAAUCGUCAACGAAGGCAUACCCCGAACGGUGGACGUCAAAUUCCCCAAAUUCAACAUCGAGAAGACAGUUGAGCUGAAGCCAGUCCUCGAUCGGCUAGGAUUGGGCUUCAUUUUCGAAAGCAGUGCGGACUUCACGGGCUUCUCGGAGAAGGAACCCAUCGGUUUCGAUGACAUUCUCCAGAAAUCGAAAAUCGAAGUCAACGAGAAGGGAUCAACGGCUGCCUCCAGUACGGUGCUGUUCAGCUUCCGGUCAUCGCGACCCGUUGAACCGGCCCUGUUCCACUGUAAUCAUCCGUUCGUAUUCCUCAUCUACGACUACGGUACACAAGCGGUGCUGUUCAAUGGUGUCUACCGUCAGCCGGAAUAACAGUGUGAUAGAGUUGCAGAGUGUGUUAGGUGUUAAGUUCUUUUAAUUGUGUAUAUGUAUCAACCCACAUAGGAGGUAACGAAUAUUUUCAAAUGUGGUUUAAUGAUCCCGCGAUAUCAUUGAAGUGGAAUCGUGCUAAUUUAACCAUUUCUUUUAUUUAUUAAAGAACAAAGAUCAAACCAA